AUGAAGGAGGAUAUCAUCGCCGCUAACAAUGCAGCUGGUCGAAUCGGAGAGGAGACUAUCGCUGCAUUCGUUGCCGAGCCUGUCACGGCUGUUGGAGGGAUAUUGCUUCGACCGGCGACGUAUUUCCCACGGAUCAAGGCCACGCUGGACCGACAGGGCAUCUUGCUCGUCACCUAUUAUGUGAUCUGCGCGCUUGGGCGUCUCGGACACUGCUUUGGUUACAAGACUACAAACGUUCAGCCAGACACGGUCUCCUUGGCCAAGGGCCUGCAAGCGGGUCAUCCGGUAGCUACCGCAGCUGCAUUGGCGGACAUCGACUUCAUCGGGAAGAAUAGUCUCCUGGACAGGACCAGCGAGUCCGGUGCCUUCCUGUUACAGAAUUUGAAGAACGCUUCACAACACAUUACCGUCGUGGUGAAUGUGAGAGGGCGAGGGAUGCUCAUAGGAAUGCAGCUGGCCAGGCUGGAUGCCAGCGAGGUCUCUUGCAAGUGUCUUGGUCUGGGUUUGAUUGGCCGGGCUCUUGUCGGACAUAACACGGUUGCGCUGGCUCCACCGUUGAUUGUUACCAGGGCCAAUGUCCUGACCGUCGUGGAAACGAUCCUUCAAGCUCUGUCUAGUAGUCAGCAGUAA